UUCUUAGGUAUGUUGGUGUUGGUGCAAUCUGUUGAGUUUUGUCCUUUUUAUAUCUGCAAAUAACAGAGAAGUUAAAUGAAGCAUUUUUCCUAGAUUUUGGUGGUUAGUGUCUGUAUGGAGUGUAAUGCGAAGCCAUCCUUGCAGUGGGAGUGGGAUAAUUUAAUAUCAUUUGGUACUUCAUCAGCUGAAAUUCCUAGAAAGCAACGGCCAAUGGAUUGGGAAAAUGAUGGGUUUGAUUGCACCUCUCUUUACUCUUCCAGCUUUGCUACAGUGGCUUAUGGUGGUAGUCCAGGUUCUGAUCUAGCUCAUGCUUUCUCUAAAAGCUCAAAGUCAACUUCCAUUAGCUGCUCUUCCUCAGCUGAAGUGAGAACAUACAACUUCACAUCAGAAGCUGGUGAAAGUCUUCCUCCUGGAAAAUUUGGGAGCAGUGAAGAGUUUGCAAUGGGGAUUGAUACUUCUCCGAGUCUUGAACUUUCCUUUGGCUCUGGUGAUCCGGUUCUUGGUUUGAAGCUUGGUAAGAGAACAUACUUUGAAGACUUUUGGGAAGUGGAGAAUAAUGCUAAAGGAUCGGCGCUUCCGGUGAGCCUCGCAUCGUCAUCUUCUGCUUCUCCGGUGAAGAAAACCAAACCUGUUUCUCACAAGUUACAAACUCCUCACUGCCAAGUUGAAGGCUGUAAUCUUGACCUCUCCUCAGCUAAAGACUAUCAUCGGAAACACAGGAUUUGUGAAAACCAUUCAAAGUUCCCUAAAGUUGUUGUGAGUGGCGUAGAACGCCGGUUUUGCCAACAAUGUAGCAGGUUUCACUGUCUCUCUGAGUUUGAUGAGAAGAAACGUAGCUGUCGCAGGCGUCUCUCAGAUCACAAUGCAAGACGUCGCAAGCCCAAUCCCGGGAGGACAUAUGAUGGGAAGCAACAUAUGGAUUUUGUGUGGAACAAAUUUGCACUUAUCCAUCCAAGAAGUGAAGAAAAGUUUCUAUGGCCAAAUCCCAAGCCUGUACCAUCAAGAGGGUUAUUGCAAGAACCUGUAAAGACCGAGAUUCCCAAUAAGCUUUUCACCGAGCAAUGUGGAUUUGGAUUGUUGGACCCCAAAACGAAAACCACGAGAGCUGAGUUAUUCAGUAAAGAUUUUUCAGAAAAGGUCACAAUCUCUUCACACAUGGGUACUUCUCAAGAUCUUGAUGGUGCUCUCUCUCUUCUGUCAAAUUCAACCCCUUGGGUUUCCUCAGACCAGCCAAGACGGUUUUCCCUUAACAAACAUUCCACGAGCAACCUCCAACCUGUGGUUCAAGGGUCUGUGACUCAACUCAAUUCAGUGUCCAGCUACUGGCAGCCGGAUCCACCAGCAGUUGAGGGCUCAACCGCUUUGCCUAGGAACGGGGUAGGCCAGUUUAAUGAGAACUACAUCUUGAAUCAGUUUUAUAACUGAAAGUGUAAUUGCCUUUAAAUCAUAAUAAGAUAUUUUGUGUAAGGAUCAGGCAAGCCUAGUGGUAACGUUAAGAUAGGAGCUGUGAAACUUGCUAAGACAUCAAUUCCUCUCUUCUUUCUUUUGUCCAUUGAUUUUCUACGGUUAUGAAGAGCUGUCACAAUUAGCUUAUACAUUAGAAUUUUCCAAAUAUUGAUGCUGUAGCAUCUGAAAAAAAAAUGAUCAAACGCAUGAUGAC